AUGACCUAUCAGCAACAGGCAGGAGGAUGGUAUCCAGGUUACUAUCCGUGGAGUCAACCUAACCAACCAGGGUAUCCGCGACCCGUCCAGCCUAUUCCUUUCCCGUCUCUGGACACAGAAGGGACAGUGACGUCAGCGGCGCAGAUACCCCCAUACGUACCCCAGGGGGUGCCUAUGCCACCCCUCUAUCAUGAGGCAGUAAUGAAGAGCAUCAAUGACUUCCAGGACCACCUGAUAGGACUAGCAAGAGAUCAGGAGAAAUUCGCAGAAAAGCAGUCCCAGGGAGUUGACGUAGGGACCAGACGUGGAAAGGACCCCCCAGUCAACAAGGAAAAAGAAAGAGGAAGCGCACCGAGAAGAGGACAAUCGGAGCCCAUACUACAAAAGGAGAAGGAGCAGCUAGACAAGGGACCAGGAGCAGUCCCACUCCUGGGAGAUAAGACGCCCCAGGAGAAGGUCGCAGAAGCAGCGGUGCGGAAUAGCGGUCGAAUUCAUGUAAUCGAAGACGACAAAUCAAAAGGAACCAAGAUGCCAGGGAAGCACAGCAAAGACGCAGAAAGCCAUUCAUCCAACAAGAGGAGGGGAGCAGAAGAAAGGAGCAACAUUGACGAGAAAAUUAAGAACGCCAUGAAGAAAUAUCAGAAAGAAGGCAAGGGAGCAGAGGAAGAGCGAGAGGACGAAGAUUCCCCACUUAACUCAGAGAUACAGUCGGUAAGGUUCCCUUCGAGGUUUAAACUACCAAUUUUUGAGCCCUUUGAUGGAACAGGAGAUCCGAAAAGCCACAUCUCAAAGUUCAAAACGAUCAUGAUGCUACAAGAUGUGACUGAUCCCAUGCUCUGUAGAGUGUUCCCUGCGACGUUAAAAGCAUCGGCGCAAAAAUGGUACUCAUGUCUUAAGGCAGGGUCAAUAAGUUCCUUCUCCGACUUAGCAUCGGCAUUCAAAGCAAGGUUCAGGACAAAUAUCCCCAUGCAGAAGAGUUCCAGCGACUUGAGGAAGUGCAAGCAAGGAGAGCAGGAGACCCUCAAAAAUUUCGUAGAAAGAUUCAACAAGGAAGCAGUGCAAAUCGAAAACCUGAACCAUGACACAGCCAUCGAAGCAAUGAAGAUGGGAACAAAGUUUGAAGAACUCCGUGACAAGAUCCUGAUGAAAAAGCCAACCACUUUUCAAGACUUAAUGCUGAUCGCUCAUAAAUAUGUAGAACUAGACGAAGCCAGACGAACCCUCACGAAACAACAUGAGCACACCAAGCAGGAUAGUUCCAGAUAUCGAGGGAAGAAGGAGGAAGAACGGCCACGGACUCAGCGAUACGGCGCAGGGCACAGACCCUACGACUUCACCCCGUUGAAUAAAGCCCCAGUGUACAUACUCGGCUGGAUGAAACAGAAUCGAGUGAUGUUCAACACACCCCGGAAGAUGGACCCGGACAUCCAGAGAGACAAGAGCAAAUACUGUCGCUUCCAUGAGGGCUAUGGCCACGACACGGACAGAUGUUGGGACCUCAAAAGAGAAAUAGAGCAGCUAAUCCAGUCUGGACUCUUGAAGAAGUUUGUCAACGACAGACCAGGAGACAAAAGAAAAGGGGAGUCAACAGAAAAGGAGGAACAAAACAAGAAGCAGAAAGAGGUCGCAGGCGUAGUAAACGUGAUAGAAGGAGGAGAGCCCUACAGCAAUAAUCAAAAAAAGAAAAGAAACAGAAGAGGGGCGGCCACGGUGUUCACAAUUGAAAGAGAAGUAAUCCCAGAGAUAUCGUUCGGACCAGACGAUGGACAUCACGUGAAGGGACCACACAAUGACGCGUUGGUGAUAGAAGCCAUAAUCAGGAAUCACCUAGUAAAACGGAUACUAGUAGAUGAAGGCAGUUCCGUGAACUUAUUAACCUUGGAGGCAUUCAAAGAGAUGAAAGGCUCAACAACAGACCUGCGGAAGUCCUCAGUCCCACUAGUAGGCCUGGGAGGAGCACCAAUACGUCCAGAAGGGACAGUAAGUUUAUAUGUAGAAUUGGGAAAUAGAAGUGAAGGGCCAGUCAAAAAGAUGCAUGCUCAGUUUAAUGUGGUAGACCUUCCACUGGCCUACAACAGCAUACUGGGCAGACCAUUCUUGUACCAGACAGGAGCAGUAACUAGCAUCAGGCUGCUAACCCUGAAAAUGCCAACACCAUCUGGGAUAGUAGUGGUCAGAGGAGACCAGGAGAUGGCCAAGGAAUGCUGCUUGGUAACAACAAAGGAAGAUGAAAGUUUGACUAUUGAGGCGUUCCCAGGAGACGUAGUAGAAGAGGAGGAGUCACAAGGAGCAGAACCAGUAGGCGUCAUGAAAGAGCUUCACCUAACUGAGACCAAGAUGGUCAAAGUAGGCACAGAAGUACCAGAAAAGGUAGCACAUGAAAUAACAGAGAUACUGGAAAAGAACGUGGAAUCUUUCGCUACGGAACCAACGGAGAUCGUGGGAAUCAAUCCCAAAGUAGCGUCGCACAAACUGAACGUGAUCCCAGGCAGUGUACCCAAAGUCCAGAAGAAGAGGAGGUUCACUGAGGAGAGGCAGAAGAUAAUCGCAGACGAAGUAAACAUUUUGGAGGCAGCAGAUUUUAUCCGCGAAGUUUUCUACCCUGAAUGGGUGGCAAACGUCGUCCUAGUAAAGAAGGCAAACGGGAAGUACAGGAUGUGUGUCGAUUUCACAGACUUGAACAAGGCCUGCCCAAAGGACAGCUAUCCGCUCCCCAACAUAGACCAGUUAGUGGACUCAACAGCUUGUUAUCUCCUAUAUAGCUUCGUAGACGCAGCGCAGGGGUAUCAUCAAAUACCGAUGGAGGAGAAGGAUCAAGAGAAAACAUCAUUCGUCACAGACCGAGGGACAUACUGUUACAAAGUCAUGCCGUUUGGAUUAAAGAACGCAGGAGCCACCUAUCAACGUCUGGUCAACUUCAUGUUCCAAGACCAGCUGGGGAGGAAUGUAGAAGCCUACGUGGACGACAUAAUUGUGAAGAGCCUAACAGCAGAGGAACACGCCCAAGACUUAGAAGAAACCUUCAAAGUCCUGAACAAGUUCGGAAUGAAACUCAACCCGGCAAAAUGUGCUUUCGGUGUUAAAGCAGGAAAAUUCCUAGGCUAUCUGAUCAGCCAACGAGGAAUAGAAGCAAACCCAGAAAAGAUCCAAGCAGUGAUAGAUAUGAAGGCCCCCCAGAGUGUGAGGGACGUACAGAAGUUGAAUGGCAGAGUCACGGCACUGGGACGUUUCAUUUCUUCCUCAGCCAAAAAAUGCCUGCCGUUUUUCAAACAACUCCGGAACAUGAAAAAAUUCAAAUGGGAUGAAGACUGUCAAGUCGCAUUCGAAGAAUUAAAGGCAUUCUUGACCAACCCGCCCCUACUGAGUAGGCCCGUAGCCGGGGAGACCCUGUACCUGUACUUAUCGGUAGGGAGAGAGACCAUCGCCUCAGUACUGGUACGGGAGGAAGAGGAGGAGCAGUGGCCGAUAUACUAUAUAAGCAGAACGCUAAAAGGGGCAGAGCUCAAUUACCCAACCAUAGACAAACUUGCACUUGCCGUCGUCGUAACCACCAAAAAGCUCAAGCCGUAUUUCCAAGGGCACACAGUCAUAGUGCGCACAAACCAGCCUUUGAGGAAAGCAUUGCACCGACCUGAGACUUCAGGACGAUUGGUCAGUUGGUCAGUACAACUAGGAGAGCACGACAUCAGGUACGAGCCAAGGACAACUUUGAAAGCCCAGGCACUUGCGGACUUCGUGGCAGAGAUGACAGAGAAACCAUGUGACUCAGCAACCGAGGAGUUGACAUGGAACCUAUUCGUAGACGGAGCCUCUAGUGACCAAGGAGCAGGAGCAGGUGUAGUCCUAUUAGGACCUCACAAAAUCACAAUUGAGUAUGCAGUACACCUAAGCUUCAAGGCUACCAACAAUGUGGCAGAAUAUGAGGCCCUCUUAACAGGACUCGAAAUCGCGACUGAAGUAAAGGCAGAAAAGCUAAAAAUCCAUAGUGAUUCCCAACUAGUCACUAGCCAGGUGUUGGGACAAUUCCAAACCAAGGACCAAAACAUGGCGAAAUACAUGGCAAGAGCAAAGGAACAACUCAAGAAGAUCGAAAAAAAUGGAGGACAGUGGGAAAUCAUACCCAUCCCCAGAGAAGAGAACACUAGAGCAGACGCAAUAGCCAAGGCAGCCGCAGUGAAAAGCCAGCUAUAUGUAUCACUCCAAAUGAAGGAGGAGCGGUUAACACCAACGGUAGAGGAGCAGCAGGUGUUACCAGUCGCAGUCCUAGAUCCAUGGAUGCAACCCAUAGUGGCAUAUUUAGCGGACAGAGUCCUACCUGAAGGACGUACCGAAGCGGCUAAGCUAGUUCGAAUUUCCUCCGCCUAUUCACUAAUAGAAGGAGCACUGUACCGGACCUCAGCCACACACCCAUGGUCUAAGUGCAUAUCACUAGAAGAAGGAAGCUACGUCCUUCGGGAAAUCCAUGAAGGAGAAUGCGGAGCUCACGAGGGCGCAGUAACCUUAUACAGAAAAGCGAUGUUACAGGGAUUUUAUUGGCCCACGAUGAAAAAAGACGCUGAAGAAAUGGUCAAGAAGUGCGAUAAAUGCCAGAGAUUUGGGUCGCUCAUCAGAACCCCAGCCGCUCACCAGUCAACUAUUGGAAGCCCUUGGCCCUUCAUGAUCUGGGGAGUAGACAUACUGGGACCUUUUGUCCCAGCGAGAGGACAAGUAAAGUUUAUAGUAGUCGCAGUCGACCAUUUCACCAAGUGGAUAGAGGUACAACCCAUGAGCACCAUAACAAGUAAGAAAAUCCAGAAGUGGUUAUCAAACGAAGUCAUGAGCAGGUUCGGCACUCCACAUGCCCUAGUCACAGACAACGGGAAGCAAUUCGACUGCGCCAGCUUCAGAGAUUUUUGCGCUGAACUAGGAAUUCUCUUAAAAUUCUCCUCAGUAGCUCACCCGCAAACCAACGGACUAACAGAGGUCACCAACCGCACCAUCCUUUCUGGAAUAAAGAAGAGGCUAGGAGACUUAAAAGGGAGAUGGGUUGAUGAGCUUUAUCAUGUGGUCUGGGCCUAUCGAACUACCCCCAGGAAAGCAACAGGGGAAACCCCAUUUCGCCUCACAUAUGGCACCGAAGCCGUUCUCCCAGUAGAACUGGGAAUGCCAACCUUACGAGUCCAGGUCUUAGACGAAGAUCGCAAUGAAGAGUCCCUAAGGCUUUGCCUGGACCUCCUCGAAGAGAGAAGACAGCAGGUAGCAAUCCGAGCUGAGGCAUAUCGCAGACAGAUGACCAAGUAUCACAACGCCCGAGUCAAAGAAAGAAAAUUCGAAGAAGGAGACUUAGUCCUGAAAAAGGCAGAAAUUGGAAGAGGAGCCGCCGGAGUUGGAAAGUUAGAGGCCAACUGGGACGGUCCAUAUCGCGUAGUAGCAGUAGUCGGCAAGGGCGCAUACAAAAUAGCUCACCUAGAUGGGACUCCAUUACCUCGCACUUGGAAUAUUGAAAAUCUGAAGCUAUACCUUCAGUAAAAGAUGUAACCACCAUUCAUUAAUAAAGUUACUUCUUUUCUUCUCA